UGAUGUCAGUGACGUAAAAAGAAAAAAAAGUAGUGAAACCGAAACCACCCAAUCGCGCCCAACGCACAGUCGUUUAUCACUUUUCAGAGUCGGCAGGAUGCCUGGUUUUUUGACAUUCUGCCGAUUGUUUUCCUUUUACGUCACGCGUCCUGGCGUUUCGUUUGUAACGAGUUAAAUAUUUGUCACGACGGGCACAUCCUCUCGAUUAUAUCCAUUGAUUGAUAUCUUUCAUGUCGCACGUGUGUCUUGUCGGUUUCAAAUUGAUUCGAUCUGAUAAUGUAACGAGGAUGUGUAGUUUUUGGAGAACGGCCGUAAUAAGAAACUCGUUUGAUUUUUGACAGAAGUUUUUCUAUUCAUCUCUACAAACAAAUCCCCGCGAUAGUGUUAUGGAUUUUCGUGGAUUUUGGCGCUAAAUAUAGCAUUGACAAGCAUAUAGCUAUGUCGCAAUGCUAAUGGCAGCGAGAGGGGAUCUCGGGAAACCUACCUGUAAAAAUGUACAUAGAAGAUAAAUAAACUGAAAACUGUAAAUAUGAUGACUUGAUUGCCAGAAAGUGCAAGAUGAGAUUCAAUAAGCAGGAACUAUUAACUCUGGCCACGCAGCCUUCACAGAAAUUCGAGAAAGAGGGUGUCCUGUAUGUGAGAGAACGGCAAGAGGGCUUCUUUCGCAGAACAGAAAGUAAAAAACCCGAGAACAAAAAUCAGAGAAGAAGGUCGCAUAAGAGUCUACGAAACCUCAAUUGCGUUACAACUGGCGCGAGCAAAGUAAGUCUCGAACGAUGGUGCAGACUGCGAGGCAAUCUUUUGUUCUAUUUCAAAUCGCGAGAGCAGUGGUCGGAACCGCUGGGGGUGAUCAUAUUGGAGCAGUGCACUGUUCGCGUAGAUCCGCCCAGCAAUCACGUCCCUUACGGAUUCAGCAUAGUUUUCGACGGAGGCUUGUUUCAACAGUUAGGCGCCAAUACGGCCGAAGAGAGGGACAGUUGGUUGCAAGCAUUGCAGUUGGCCAGUUACGAGUGCAUGCGAAGUCAAUUGCUAUCGUUGCGACAGCGCAUCGAGGCCUUCAGCGAACACAAGCACGACACCGACAUUCAAAUGUUGCGAUUGCAACGUGGGACUUUCACAGAUCCGGCGGAAGUACCAAUGUGCGAGAUAUCGCUAGCCUGCGAUAAUUUAUUAUGCGAUGGACACGGCCGUCCACCUACUCCCGUUUUAGAAAUAGAUGUGCAAUCGAAAUCUUCCAAAACUUGGAUUAAGUAUGCACGAACGGAAGUUGUUGAGCGAAGUAGUAAUCCAAAUUUUUUAACUACGGUAAGCUUUCGAGCUAGCGAUGGCUUGACUACUGAAACGAGAAUUAGAAUAACCGCAUUUGACGUUAGGGAAAGAGUGAGUCAGACCGCAACUCCGAUAGGAAGCGCGAUAGUUACAUUCAGCACAGUACAAGAUACUCCAAGAUUAAGGAUACCAUUAAAGUCUGCGAGAACAACGACAGUCGGAUUCUUAACGAUUAAUGUGUGGAAUUUGGAAGCUGAAGAUAAAGGAAAUAGUACAGAAAGUACACCAUCGCGGAAUGCAAUAUACAGUAGUAACAAUCAACAACAGCUGCCUUCGCACAGGCGCUCCCAAUCGUUACCUCCAAGACUAGGAACAAAAAUCAAGUUUCCACAUCAAGGCCAAUUAAAACUUCUCUUUGCAAAUCCAUUUGUACAGACUUAUAGAUUUCACUCCGGACUAGGCGGUGAUAUAUGCGUACAUGAGAUUAUGGCGGAGAGCAAACUUUGUUUCCAGUUUCCUCAGCAUUUAUUGGGUAUUUGGAUACAGGAGGAAAAAGAAUUGCUACAAGAAGUAGCCGGAAUGGGAGAAUUAAGGGAGCCUUGGCAUACAAAACAAAUCGAAUUGCUCGAUCGUCAUCUUCAUUUGUUACAUCUAUAUUCUCAAGCCAAAGAAAACUUAGCUGCUUAUAAAGGAAGUUAUUUCAAACAAUCGUCGCGAAAGAAUGAUCGUACUCUCGAAUUCGCUCCUUUGAAUUUGCAUCUUCAAAGAAUGUGGGUACACAACGACACUUUGAACAAAUGCGGAUUUUACGAUUUUAUUAGCGUAGGAGCGUUCACCGCUCAUUCCCACAAAAGCAAAAAUGGCGGACUUAUAAGAUUGGUGCAGGCACUAAAGGAGUCGCCCAUGCGAAGUAAUCAGCUCUAUCAGGGAACAUCCAAGAUUACAAUGGCACAUGACGCGAUCCAAGCGAUCAAACAAUUACGCCGGGACGUUGUAGAAGCAAUGAGAUCCUUGAUGAAACUCGCCAAGGAUAAGCAAACGAGCGGGAUGCUGCCGAUAUGUGAGGAUAUGAUUACGAAAACCAGGAUCUUACUUAGUCUGUGGGAUCCGGGCUUGGUGGAAGAGGCAUUAACGUUUCUGGAAGAGUAUAAAGUCGCGAAAGUUCAAGAAGAUUCGACUACGACAUCGACUACAUCGGAUGACACUUUGACGCUAGACUUCAGGGUUAAUCAAUCCUUAUCACCAUUCAAACGGAUUACUCAACAGUUAAAUUUUGAUCUGAAGAGUCCCGAUUUUGAUGACUUCGUUACGCCUGAUACUCCCGAGUGCGUGCAGGACAUUUGGUCGAAAAGCAACAUUAAAAAUGGCGAAUACGCUCCCAUAUCAUACUCCAGAAACGAGGCGCCCAACAAUAACGCCGGCGAGAGUGACGUUGUAGAAGAAAAUUUUGUAAUAUUUCCGGAUGUUGAGGACUAUCCCAAGCAAAUGGAAAUAGAACAGAUCGACGAGAAUCUUCAGCGAAAUUACGAUAACGAAAAAAAGGAGGGUUAUGACGAUGAAAAGGAAGACUUGAAGAAUGACGCCGAUCCGUGCAAGCGUUUUCUAGAUACCCAAAAGAUGUGCAAUUCACCGUCUGCAAAUUAUUACAAACCUACAGACGAACCGGAACCGUGGGAUCUCACUCAGUUGAAUAUUGAGGCAAGCGUUAUGUGCCUCGUGUCAAAAGUAAAGUUUCUUUGCGGCAGAUGUAGCAGUCCGGCUGUACGACUACGCAACAAAGGUAGUUUAGGCAGAUCGCAGAGUCUCAAGGGUUGUCUGCCGAGCAAUCGACACAACGUCGAAGUCGUUACCAUUCAACCAAAGAACGGUCUCAAGUGUGAGGAGUCGAACAAAUUGCUGGACGAGUCGAACGAACAGCGGCAACAAUCCAGUCCAGGAUUAGAGAAACCAGCAUUAUCUAAAGCGAAAGAAGGGAUAACCGAUACUUAUUGUAACUCAUCUUCCAAUGAAGUGUGCCAAGCGGUCGACUCGAUGACACGAGUGAUCAAAAGUAAUUCGGGACAGAGGAAUAAGUUCACCGAGGGUCUGGACUUCGCGUCGAUCGUCGAUUGGACGAGUGAGCUGAGACCGAGCAUGAAAAAGCUGCGGCAAGCUAUGGACGGACUGUUAAAAACUGCCAGACUAACCCAUUCGGUGUUUCGUGUACAGGAAGAUUCGAAAGCGGCGCAGCGCGCGUGCAACGUUCGUUAUAGAAGAGACGUUUGCUUCAGUCAAGCGCUGACUGCCUUAGUGACCGGCAUAAUGGCGAAAUUAUGGUGCCAACGACCUGACCCGAUGUUUUUGUUAAUACUUACAACUCUGGGACCAUUGGUUUCCUUCGAAGGCCUUCUUAGCUAUUACGGAGAUGAGAUAGAUAUGUGGGGUGACAUGGCCGUAGCUGUCGAAGACACGCACACCGUCACAUUUACUCUGUCCAGAUGUGGCAUACAAUCCAGAAUCGGAAGAAAAGCUAACACCUUUCAACUUCCUCUACCUCGUGUGGUAGGAUCGCGAAGUGCGCUGACGGUGAUACUUCCGGUUCCGGAUGCGAUUUACUCUCUCUUGCCAUUAGUGCCAUCCUCCCGACAAACGUUAUCGUUCAAUGUGACUCCGGUGUUUUUCAAUAUUGGCAUUAACGAAAUGGCUUCCUUGGCCGAGAGCCUCGGUACUACGAAACCGCAAGAGAAAAGCAAUAUGGAUAACUUUGACAGGCUGAACGAGUAUUACUUGAGAUUUAAGAAAUUGAAUCUACCGACAGAACCUACAUCUACGCGUUUUGCUGCUAGGUCGAUCCUGGGUCAUACUUUGUCGGAUAUGAUAGUCAAUUUAAAGAUGUGCGUGCAAGAGAAAGUCAACAAGAAUGUAGAGAUCUUGCAAUUAUCUUCGCAGAUAUGUCGAAAAAUGCGCGGUUUAAGGUUCACUAGUUGCAAGAGCGCGAAAGAUCGAACCGGUAUGUCGAUCACUCUCGAACAAGUCAAUAUACUGUCGUCGGAGUAUCAUUUAGCCGAGGACGAGUACAUGAGAGCCCUCGACUGCAUGCGAAGCGAGGGCUGUCGCCGGGAGAAUACGUGGAAAAACAUAGGUGUACGCAAAUACGCGUUUAAUAGCUUGCAGAUUCUAACGUUGCCCAGACUCUAUAGACCGCCGACCGGCACGUACGGAUCUGCUCAAUCUUAAGGAACCCAAUUAGCAUCACGUACGCAUAUUAUAUUAUGCGAAAUUCAAUUUCACUCUUUCUGGCUGUGUAAUCACGGAUUAACUUCCGUAGAGUAUGUGCUAAGUAUGUAGUACUUAUUACAAAGUAGCGGAGACGUCGAGAUCGUCGUUCAGGUAACGUGAUUCUUUAUAGAGAAUUUAUUGGGGACACGCGACUGGCACACGACUGGCACGUGUUAGGCAUACGAAAUGCAAUCAGGAGCGUAGCAAUAGGGGUAGCAGAAAAAAAUGCUUCUAGAUUUUCUCGUUGAAUUUUUUUCUACGCAUUCUAAUGUUUAAGUAAUUAUUAGCUAAUAUAAUUAUAACUAAAUAGAAAUUACAAGUUUUGUUGUCGAGCCAUAACAAUAGCUAUGCCCCUUCCUUUGAAAGCAUCAUGUACUAAGUACAUUAUUAUCUAAACUUGCAACGCAGAGUAGACGAGAAUAUGCCGAUAAAUUAAUUACGUAAUAUAUAAAUUAAUUACAAGGUUGGCUGAAAUUGCAGGAAGUGAAUUGGAUUAGAAUAAAAACUCCCUCGUCGAUUUUUUAUUUUUCCACUUUUAGCUCUUAGGUGAUUCUUCCAGUGUCAUUAAAUAUAGCAGUUACUCUUCCAUUUUUCGUUUCUAUUUUUUUUUAUGCAAGUGCAAGCUUUUAAUUUUGAUCCGAUUCACAUUCUUCUAAUCCGCAAUUGUUGGCGAGUUUUUGCAAUAUGCUUCGGAUAUCAUAAACGCUAAACAUCAUUAAUUCGAUGCAAAUACAUUUCGUGAAAAAUGUUGAUAUAAGUCAUGAAUUAUCGCAAUAGUUUUCAUCUCACAUUUGCAUCACUGCACGUGAUUUUUAGCGCUCAUAUUCGCAAAAUACGAUAUUGCAAAAAGUCUUCAUUGUACAUGUAUCUAAUUGAAUUUAUCGUAUUUGUUAAAUUGUUAUUUAUGGGAAUAAGUAGCCGGUGCCAUCUUCUGCCAUAUAAUUAUUCACGCAGUAUCCGAAUAAUAUUAGCAUCAUUUGAAAAAGUCUCGUGAAAUCGCGUACAUGUUAUUCGAGAAUAAACGGCGUUGUAUUUAACGGGAGAGCGCUAUUCUUUCUCACACGUGCGUGGAAAAAAUUAUCGUGUUAUAUCCAACACUUUAUCGUACAAAAGAUUCCAGACACGAAUAGACAUAUAGUCGUAUUUCCAUCACUCCAAUUGAAUAAUCUACUAAUGCGUUACCGUAUCCGUAAAUAUAGACUCCAGUGGUAGAUUCCAAUGGAUUGGAGAUAUAUUGUUUUCAAUAAAUUAUUAAUUUUACCUGA